UUUGCCGAACUGGCUGCAGAUCGAGUCGACCUUGCGAAGCGACCACAGGUUCUCAUCCUGCUGCCGCUUCUGCACGAUCUGCGUUUAUCACACUGCACCGCGCGCGAACAAACUUUUGUGUUAUAAAUUGGACAAGCAGCCGAGAGGAGCCCAUCUCGCUCCCUUUCCGCCGCCCGCGUGAUUUUCACAAAAAAACUUCCAAGAGGUACCAUGCAAGUUUAUUUGGCUGUGAUAUUCGCGUAUGGUGUGUCAGCACUCAAUAUCACAGACGAGAAGGCAUCAUGCCCCCUUGGAUAUUUCCCCUGUGGCAACCUGACCGUGUGCCUUCCACAGCUCCUGCACUGCAACGGCAUCGAUGAUUGUGGAAAUCAAGCAGAUGAGGAGAACUGUGGAGAUAAUAAUGGGUGGCCCCAUCUUCUUGACAAGUAUUUUGGAAUUCCCAGCUAUAACACUGGGACCAAGUCCAAUGUAUGCUUGCUAGGUGUCGUUCCUGAGCUCUGCCAGUGCCGAGACUUGGAGCUGGACUGUGAUGGAGCACAGCUUCAAGACAUCCCAGUGGUGGCGAUGAAUGUCACCAUGAUGUCCCUACAAAUGAACCGGCUUCAGAAACUGAGAGCAAACACAUUCUUUAAGUACCAGAGUCUACAGAAACUAUAUCUCCAGCACAACAGAAUUCGAGAUGUGAGUCCUGACGCAUUCAGAGGGCUGUACAAUUUAACAAGGCUAUAUCUGAGCUAUAACAAAAUAUCUGUCCUGAUGCCGGGGGUGUUCCAGGACCUGCACAAGUUGGAGUGGUUGAUCCUGGAAAAUAACAACAUCUAUGAAAUAUCCCCCAUGACCUUUGCAGGACUGAACUCACUUGUUUUACUGGUUUUGUUGAACAACUCUUUGACAAGGCUGGAUGACAUUUGUCGGGAAAUGCCGAGAUUGAACUGGCUGGAUUUGGAGGGAAAUCUCAUUGAAACCAUUGGAAAUGUCUCAUUACACUCAUGCAGUAUGCUGACAGUCCUAGUUUUACAGCGGAACAGGAUCAGCCAUAUACACGAACAGGCUUUCUCAGUCUUACAGAAGCUUGGAGAAUUGGAUCUAUCUAACAACAGACUGGUAGCGAUUCCUCCCAAUCUCUUUGUCUUACUGGAGGAUUUGCUCCAACUGAAUAUAUCGUACAAUCCCAUCGUGGAGCUCCAAGUUGACCACUUUGACAAGCUGCAUAAACUGAAGUCAUUCUACUUCAAGAAAUUCCAGUACUGUGGCUACGCUCCUCAUGUGCGCAGCUGCAAACCCAACACAGACGGCAUUUCGUCCUUCGAAGACCUGCUGGCCAACAUCGUGCUGAGGGUCUUUGUCUGGGUGGUCUCUGCCACCACCUGCUUUGGCAACAUCUUCGUCAUCUGCAUGCGCUCGUACAUCCGCUCAGAGAACAAACUCCACGCCAUGUGCAUCAUCUCCCUCUGCUGUGCAGACGGACUGAUGGGCAUCUACCUCUUCAUGAUUGGUGCGUAUGAUCUGAAGUUUCGCGGCGAAUACAACCGGCACGCUCAAGCCUGGAUGGAUAGCAGUCAGUGUCAGGUCAUCGGCUCUUUGGCCAUGCUGUCCACUGAGGUAUCCGUCCUUCUCCUCACUUACCUCACUCUGGAGAAGUACAUCUGCAUCGUGUACCCUUUCCAGUACUUGACACCUGGCCGGCGACGAACUGUCACCAUCCUUUUUGGGAUAUGGGUGUUUGGCUUUAUUGUUGCCUUUCUUCCACUGGCCUUCAAGGGACUAUUUCGCAACUUCUACGGGACCAAUGGAGUUUGCUUCCCACUGCACUCUGAGCAGCCAGAGACACUUUGGGCUCAUGUUUACUCCAUCGUCAUUUUCCUGGGUCUGAACUUGGUGGCAUUCCUCAUCAUUGUCUUAUCCUAUGCAAGCAUGUUUUAUAACAUCCAGAGAACAGGGACUCAGACCACUAAAUACAGCAACCACAUCAAGAAAGAGGUCACCAUCGCCAAAAGGUUCUUCUCUAUUGUCAUCACUGAUUCCCUUUGCUGGAUCCCCAUUUUCAUCCUCAAGAUCCUGUCUCUGCUGCAGGUGGAGAUUCCCGGUACCAUCAGCUCCUGGGUGGUCAUAUUUAUUCUCCCGAUCAACAGCGCCCUUAACCCCAUCCUUUACACGCUGACAACACGGCCUUUCAAAGAGACCAUUCUGCAGGUAUGGGCUAACUACAGGCAAAGGAGGCCUCUGCUCAGCGGUCACCCAGCUCAUCAUCCGUCACUCACCUGGCAAGAAAUGUGGCCCCUGCAGGAGAACAGCCACGGCCUCACCACGGGGCAUCCACUGGAAAUGACAGGCACGCUAGCCAAGCUCACCCCUGUGGAAAAUACCAACGAGGGAUACAAUGACGUUAUCACAUGCACACAGCAACAGUUGAAGCAACAUCCAGGCCUGUCGGUAUGCUCACAGAAACAAACAAUGUCGCACACAGUCACACCCACACACACACAAACAAAUGAACUCAUCUAGGUGUCGAACAGCAGAUCUAUUGUGCAUGGAUCUGUUUGUAAUGUUAUCAAAGAUUAACCUCAACUAAUUAAAUGUGAUUCAGGUUCAUUCAGCUCUGUAAUUUAGAGUGUCCAGCCUAUUAAAAAUACACUCCUUGAUUUAUGCCCAAUUUCUCCUUUGUGGUUAAAAAUCAUUAGUUAUCCCUUAUGAGACAGUACAGUUCCUCUAAUGAAGACUACAUGCGGGCUCCAAAAAGACAUCCAUUAAUGCAGUGCUGAAGUCAUGCCCCACUUAGGG